GCGCGGCUCUUCGCCCCGCCUCUGCUGGUAGUUGAGGAGCGCGCUCGACGCUGCGGCUUUUCUCAGGCCUCCACGCCGCACCCCUCCUCGCCCUAGCGCUAGCGGGCACGCGGCUGCCUACCGCCAACUUCCAAAGGGCAGGCGCCUGCGGCUGUGAGAACGUCGUGGGCAGCACCUCCGAUUGAAAUCGCAAAAGUUACACGUGUUCUUAGGAGAAAAAAGAGGAAAUUUAAGAAAAACGCUAUGGCAAAGAGAAUAAAAGCUAAGCCCACUUCAGACAACCCUGGAAGUCCAUAUCGCUCUGUCACGCAUUUUGACUCGCUAGCUGUCAUAGACAUCCCUGGAGCAGACACUCUGGAUAAAUUAUUUGAUCAUGCCGUAUCCACAUUUGGGAAGAAGGACAGCCUUGGGACCAGGGAGAUCCUAAGUGAAGAAAAUGAAAUGCAGCCGAAUGGAAAGGUUUUUAAGAAGUUAAUUCUUGGGAACUAUAAAUGGAUGAGCUAUCUUGAAGUGAACCUCAGAGUGAAUAACUUUGGUAGUGGACUUACUGCAUUGGGAUUAAAACCAAAGAACACUAUUGCUAUUUUCUGUGAGACCAGGGCCGAAUGGUUGAUUGCGGCACAGACCUGCUUUAAGUACAACUUUCCUCUUGUGACUUUAUAUGCCACACUUGGCAAAGAAGGUGUAGUUCAUGGGUUAAAUGAAUCUGAGGCUGCCUAUCUGAUUACUAGUGUUGAACUUCUGGAAAAUAAACUUAAGACUGCACUGUUAGACAUCAGUUGUGUUAAACAUAUCAUUUAUGUGGACAAUAAGACUAUCAAUAAAACAGAAUACCCUGAAGGAUUUGAGAUUCACAGCAUGCAAUCAGUAGAAGAGCUGGGAUCCAAGCCAGAAAACUCAAGCAUUGCUCCAAAUAGACCAGCACCUUCGGACAUGGCUAUCGUCAUGUAUACCAGCGGUUCUACUGGCCGACCUAAGGGAGUGAUGAUGCAUCAUUGCAAUUUGAUAGCUGGAAUGACAGGCCAAUGUGAGAGAAUUCCUGGCCUGGGACCUAAGGACACAUAUAUUGGCUACUUGCCUUUGGCUCAUGUCCUAGAACUGACAGCAGAGAUAUCUUGCUUUACCUAUGGCUGUAGGAUUGGAUAUUCUUCUCCACUUACCCUCUCUGACCAGUCCAGCAAAAUUAAAAAAGGAAGUAAAGGAGACUGUACUGUACUGAAGCCUACACUCAUGGCAGCUGUUCCUGUGAGUAGAGUAUAAAUGUCAUUUAUUGCU